AUUGUAGCCUUAAAAUGGCAGAAAACGCAGAGGAGAGGCGGAGGUUCACGGAGGUUUUAGAGUUUAAACGCGAAGGGAAAGUUAUGUUUUGGUGUUUCCACGCAUUCUGAGCGUUAAGAGAGACUGGGCGAGGCGAAUGCGGGGAAAAUGGAUAUAACGACUGCGGUGUUUAACGCGGCGAGGGACGGUAAACUGAAACUUAUCCAGAAGUUGCUGAGCAACAAAACUCCGGAGGAGUUAGAGGCGCUCGCCGAGGAGAAGACGCAGGGGGGCACGCCGCUCCUGGUCGCCUCCCGGUACGGACAUUUGGAAGUGGUAAAUUACUUACUUGAAUAUUGUAAAGCGAACGUAGAGCUCGGGGGUUCGGUUAAUUUUGACGGAGAGACGAUUGAAGGAGCUCCUCCGCUCUGGGCGGCUUCAGCCGCGGGGCAUUUACCGGUUGUGAAAACUCUUUUAAAGCACGGCGCGUCUGUGAAUAACACGACCCUCACUAACUCCACUCCUCUGCGCGCUGCCUGCUUCGAUGGACACCUGGAAAUCGUGCGUUAUCUUGUCGAACAUCACGCCGACAUGGAGGUCGCGAACCGCCACGGACACACAUGCCUGAUGAUCUCGUGCUAUAAAGGGCACCGAGAAAUCGCCAAGUUUCUACUCGAGCGCGGCGCUGACGUGAACCGCAAGAGCGUGAAAGGCAACACUGCGCUGCAUGACUGCGCCGAGUCUGGAAGUCUGGAGAUCAUGAAAAUGCUGCUUAAAUGCAAAGCCAGGAUGGAGAGAGAUGGCUAUGGUAUGACUCCGCUGCUGGCUGCAAGCGUUACCGGGCACACUAACAUCGUCGAGUACCUCGUUCACCAGCCCAGGGCGACGAGAGAGGAGUGCAUCGAUGCCCUGGAGCUCCUGGGUGCGACUUACGUAGACAAGAAGCGCGAUCUGCUGGGCGCCAUGCGCUUUUGGCGAAGAGCGAUGGAGCUCCGACAAGCAGGAGGCAGAGCGGGCUUCCUGGCCAAACCUCCGCCUGGCCCACCCGUUCCAGCGUAUGACUGCGCCCGAGAGGUGAACACGGCGGAGGAGCUGGAGGCCCUGAUCACCGACCCGGACGAAAUGCGGAUGCAAGCGCUCCUGGUCCGAGAGCGCAUCCUGGGCCCUUCGCACCCAGAUACGUCUUACUACAUUCGCUACCGCGGUGCUGUUUACGCUGACUCGGGAGACUUUGAGCGCUGUGUCAGUCUGUGGAAAUAUGCACUAGACAUGCAGCAGAGCAACCUGGACCCGCUGAGCCCCAUGACAGCCAGCAGCUUUUUGUCAUUCGCCGAGCUUUUCAGUUUUGUCCUCCAAGACCGUGCGAAAGGUGCACCAGCCGCUCGCGUUGCCUUCCGUGACCUGAUGGGGGUCCUGUCCAAGGGCGUGCGUGAGGUGGAGCGGGCCGUGGCACAGCGGGAUAAUCAGCCUGAUGCGGCGCAGUUCACUAAAGCCCUGUCCAUCAUCCUCCACCUUGUGUUCUUGCUGGAGAAGCUGGAGUGCAGCCCGGCGCAGGAGCACCAGAAGAAGCAGAGCGUGUACCGGCUGCUCAAGCUGAACCCGAGGGGCCGGAAUGGCUUCACGCCCCUGCACAUGGCCAUGGAUAAGGACACGACGGCGGUGGGCCGUUACCCAGUCGGGCGUUUUCCAUCUCUGCCCGUGGCUACGCUGCUGUUGGAGUGUGGUGCCGACGUAGACUCACGUGACUCGGACAACAACACACCGCUUCACGUGGCAGCCCGGAACGGCUGCCCCAAACUGAUGACGCUGCUAGUGCACUCUGGAGCACACUUUGACGCAACCAAUGCACAACGCAAGAUGCCUUAUGAGCUGUUAGAGGAGGCAGGUGGAACAAGGCAUGCACUGCACCCUCUCAGCCACGUCACGCUGCAAUGCCUGGCUGCCCGUGCUGUCGAGAGACACCGAGUACCCUACAAGGGGCUCGUCUCAGAAGAAAUGGAGGCCUUCAUUGAGCUCCACUGAUCUUACCUCAAAAUCCUAAUUUGAUUCCAGGUUCAGAUCACCACCUCUGUUUCUGAACCUGUCUUUGUCUCUUCUCUCCUGUCCUCUUGUCUCUACGUCAGGUCUCAUCUGUUUCUGAGGAUCGUCUAGAUGAAACGGAGACCUUCGUGUCGCACUGACAUUACCUCACCGUCCUCCCUGUCUUCCUGCUUUAUCUGACAAUUUGCCCCUCUCUUUUUCAGGCAGACUAAAUCUUAAGCCUCCUCGCCACUUCCUCAGGCUUCAUCUGAACCUCAGCAAUAAUCCCAAGCUAAUAGUAACAAACAGGGAAAGAUUUGUGCUUUCAGCAGUGUGCGCUCGUUCUUUUCCUCUCUGCAUUGUAAGGGCUUGUUGAAGAAGUUAAAAAAAAAUCCACAAGAACUGAGACUCUUUGAUGCUCUGGAAUACUAUUUGAAGGGGAAGACUUUGUGUUUGAUUCAGGCUUUAUUUGUAAUCUGCCUCUUUUUUUAUGUUCCCUUUUAUUCCUCUGCGAGCAGGAAAUGAACAGUUUUUGCCAGUUUGUAUUUGUGUAUAAAGUUUAAGUGGUGACAGGGUGGAUUAAGCCAAGGUUGAAAAUCUGCAUUAUAAAUGGCGACGAUGCACCUCGCUGACUGGCCGUAUGUGUGUACGAGAAUGAAGUGUGGUUAGUUUAGUUCUUUGUUUCCUUUUUUUUUUGCCUUUUUUUUGGCAUGCUCAUUUUGUAAUGCAAGAGCAGCACUCGCAUCAGUAUUGAUAAUCAGACAUUUUGAUCUGAUUACUUUUUCAUCAAAUCCCAUAUACUUAUGUUUCUAUCCAUUUGAUGCAUUUUGCUUCCAAAGCACCAAGUAAAAUUUUCGUUAAUGGUCAGAACAAGCAUCGCUAAUGUGGCUAGCAAUGAAUGAAAGCCACUGUUGCUGUGCUGAUGAGGUCAUGCUAACUGUGGACAUAAACGUCCGUUUCUUCUUCGCCGCAUCAGCGUGGUAUGGGUGAAUUACCCCCUUGUAUAAGCGUAAGUGGGUGACUGUGGGUUCGCGGAAGAUCUGCGGUAUGCUUUGCACUUCGUUAACCACACGAGAGAGAAAUCGGCCUCCGUGGCUGCUUCAGUCUUUGUAAAAGUCUUCUCGCAUUUAGGACUUGGCACUUUACCCAGUACAAGAUGUCUGGGGUAACCAUCGAUAUCUAUGCAUUUUAUCAGCAAGGGUGUUAUAUCAACAGAUCUGGCAACCUGGGUCUGUUCGAAGUUGGACAGCGAGCUCAACAUGUACGACUCCUAUUGCAGUCUUAUUUCUGAUUGUCAUUUCUUUUUAUGAUAACAUGCUGGUUUCACUGUAAAUCCUACUAGAAUGAAAGCACUUUGAAACAUGCUAACACUACUUAGCCUCUCAAGCAACGAUCCUGUCUCAGGUGUGUCUCAUCCUUGUGACAGGUAUGAUUAAUUUAAGACAGUACAAAUGGGUUUGGAGAUGCCUGAAUAAAAUUCAAGUAUCACAUCCAUCUGGGUUUUUGUGUGUGUGAGUGAAAGAGAGAGAGAGACAAUGGAUUUGGAGUUAUUUUUAUUUUUUUACAUGCAAUAACAGUCAUUUGUAUGCUGCUGCUUUGGUAUGUUGCUAUGCAUUGGAAGGAUUCCUGUUUGGCAACCUAUAUUCCUGUGGUACAUUUCAAAACUAUUUUGAGCUCAUAUCAGAAAACCAUUCUGAAAUAGACCAGUCAGGUUUUUUAAGCACUGAUUGCAUGUUUAAAUUUCAGCUCAGUGUUAUGUGGCACAGUAUGUCCGAAUUUGUUCCCUAUGUACCAUAUAGUACAUUAUUUGCAACAUUUUCCAGUGUGUUCAUUCUCUAGGUAAUGGGUAACAUCUGCAUCGUUUAUGUGAACAAUGCAAAUGUUUAUGUAUGUUUAUGCAGGUCAUGGUGAUGUAUUUCCCGAGCACUCACUGGUAAGUGUCUGAAUUCAGUCUGGUAUAUAUCUUAGUGCUUGUGUGACGAAGUACUGGAACUGGUGGCUCUGUUAUGGUGUGACAUGGUUUAGGUUACACUUCAGGCACACACUAUGACUGCAAAUCAAUACAAAGUCCUUCUGACUGACCACUUUACAUGAAAUUAAGAUGAAACAUUUCUCGCCCUGUGGGAGUGGUGUCUUCCUGGAGGAACCCGCCCACACCCACAGGGCGUGAGGGUCACGGAAAGGUUUUAUGAGGAUGGAAAUGGUAUAAAUCACAUGCUAAACAGGACCUUGAAAGUGACGAGCGUCGAGGGAGGCCUGGGGAAAUUUUCAGUAGCAGAAACCUGGCCUUCAUCCUAAGUCAAUAUCAAACCCUUUAUCUCCAAGUUCCUAGAAGCUCAUACUUAGGAAUCACUGAUUGAAAAUCAUAAAUUUUCUUCUGUUAGGAUCUAGGCCUCAUAACAGUACUGAGACGGCACUGGUUAAAGUAGUAAAUAACCUACUACUGGCCUCUGAGCUGGCUUGCUCAAAAGGGAUCUAAAUCUGAGCCUUGAAUAAGAAAAAACUUAAUUUAGUUGAAUUAAUAUGGUCUUACGUAUAUCACAAAUUUGGUAGAGCAUUGGUUUGGCUGUAUAUAAAAAUGUCACAGAUGCGAAAUUAGGUAGUGUAGGCCUAUAAACAGCUGGCCACACCUGGGCCUUUAACCCUUCGACUGCUCAAUUAUAUUUAUCUCAGCUAUAAGUCACUGGAUAAGUGUCAGCCAAAUGACUUAAAUGUAAGUCUUGAAAAAACUGGGAAUGAGCCAUUCUGGGGGCCUAGAGAGCCAAUUGUUCUGAUUCACUUAAAAGAGGUUGGUAAAACAUGUUUGAUCGUGCAUGUGUAGUUCAUGUACAUAACUUGAGAUCAAGCAUAGUACUAUGGACAUAUUUGAACAGGAUGAGGUAAUGUAGUAAUUAAAUGAAUAGUGAAGUAAAUAAAGUAUCGAACAAUAGACAAAAUGCUGGAAACAGUAAUCAAAUGAGUAUAAUGAAAAUCACGUAAAUCAAGUAAUAAAUAUAAAUGCAGAUGCAGCGCUUUUGAGAAGCUGCUUUUAAAGGCGCUUUAUAAAAUAAAGUUUAUUAUUAGAUGGAAAUACAUUAGGGGAGCAUAAUACCAUCGCAGCCUCAGGAUAUUUUCUCUGUCUGAGUUUUCCUUCUGGGUUCUCCAUUUUUCUCCUAACUCCAGAAACUGGAAGCGUGGUGUCCUGCCAUGGACUGGUACCUCAUUCAUAGUGUAUUCCCUCGUUCCUGCCUAUUCCAUUCUGAGUCCUGAGGUCCAAGAUACCUUUACUCUGCACACUGAGUUUAUGAACUAAUACGUUUAAUUUACAUUCACAAAAGCCUGGUUAUUAUUUUAAUGGCAGAGAAACUAAGAAAUGGUGCAAGGCUGUGGAACUUUAGAGCGUGAAAAUACUGUUGUGGGUAACUUUUCUUUUGGUUAAUUAAGGUUGAUAAGUGCUUUAUUGUUCUUUGUGCACAGUUGUGUAAUUGUUAUUAGAAACAGAAAAUGCUGUCAAACAAUCAGAAGAGCGCAUGAACUGGGAGACACUGGUGUGGGAAGCUACUCGGUUAAUUAAGUUCCAUAAAUCGUUAUUGUGUUUCAGCUUGGAGGAUUUUGCCAGUUUUUCUGGCUUUCUGACAGAUGUUUAUUUUAGAAAUUAAGGAUGUGUGAUGUGGGUAGACAGCUGGAUUUAUUUGUGCAUGGUGCCUUGAUUCCCAGAGGGCCUUAAUAUAUUUGAUUUAAAGAGGUGGAAGAGGGUCUUGGGCUGAAAUGCUUGCAGCAUAUUUAGGAUGAAGGAUGCGUUUGGACUAAGUGCAGGCUAUUAGUGUUAAUGAAUGAGCAUGUUGGGAAUGCACGUAGGCAAUACGUGUAACUCUGCAUGCUGACAGGAAACUGGGGCACUGUAAAAACGUAUUUGGUGGGUUUUCUGAUGAGAAAGUGGUCAUAGGUCUCUAUGAUCAGCGAGGUUAAAGCAGACGCUGUAGUUUUAAACCUCAGGUCUUUGAUUGCUGCAGUACACCUGACUAAACUCAUUAGUUAGUGAACCAGAAAGUAAUUUUCUCAUUCCUUCUCUGCGUUUAAUUUCAAGGCUGAGUUUAAUUGAACGCGAGAUCACUAUUUAUCAAACCUGCCUUAUGUGAUGUAUUUCUCUCUCUUUUUUUCUCAAUCGAUGUAGUUAGUGUUUGCAAGGCUAUUGCAGCAUUGUUAUUGUUUUAAUACUUUUUAAAUAAUCAGUCCCUCCAGGAUUUGAUGAUUUUGCGAUCACGGAAAGUAACACAAAAUCAAGCAAACUCCACAACAUUCGGAGGAGCUUGCAAUUGUUCUAAAUUACCGCAAAUUUUAUAAUAAUACUUAUAUAAAAAAUUAGCACUUUUAAAGCAGCUUCUCAAGGCACUUUACACAAUAAGAAUUUUUUUUUUUUUUUUUUUUUACAGAUUUGAUCCAAGACGUCAUCACAACGCACAUUCAGCCCAAGCCCUCUUUGAUCCCCGUGUGUCAAACAUGAGUACAGCUAAAACAUCUCAUUUACAGACAAAUAUCACUGCAAAAAGAUGUGCAAAACAAUUUUGUGUAAUUGCAGUUUCGAGUAGUUUUCCACAAAAAAAGUGUAAAAAAAAAAAAAAAAAAACAACUCUGCAGGUUGCAUUGCAAAUUUUGAAAAAAGCCACAACGAAAUCAUGCAUUUUUGGCCGCAACAAUCAGGAAAACUGAAAUCCUGUACGAACUGAAUAAUUCAUUCAGCACAAACCCCCUA